AGUGCUGAAAAUAAGUAGGGGUCGAAGGACUACGGGUUUGAUACACCUCUCUGAUUCAGCACCACUGCAGUUUGUUGUAGUGAGUGUCGCAAAGUGAGACAUAUUUGUUCCCGAGACAAUCUUCGGUGGAACUUUUUUCUGUUUUUUUUUUUUUUUUUCUUUUUCGGUGACGCCGCUCCUCCUGUCGACUGUCAGCCUGCUGUUUCUCUCGGGAGGAAGAAGCUCCACAUCCAGCUGCUGUUCGAAAUGUGUCCGUAGCGGUAAGCAUCAGUUUGACACCACUUGUAGGCCGGAUGCUCAGGAUAUGAAACACCGUAGCCUCAGCGCACAUGAUGAGUAUCCAGACUCUGGGAGCUUCGAUAGGAGAGUCGCUGGGCUCUAGCCUCACGGUGCGAAUGAGUGCAACAGCAGGUGGCUGGAGCCCACUCUCCUUGAAGCCCAUCUCCUCCGGACGGAUCACCUCUCUGUUCCAGACCAUGGUGCCGACCGGUUACACAAAGCUACAAGAGGAGCGGCUAGCUAUGGUGGAUCUGGGAGCCAAACCCGAGGCCACCUCACUCCAGAAUGGCUACCGCCAAGAAUCAUCUCACGUAGAAGGCAGACGGCUUGUAGACAGAGCAUCACGCGCCUCGUUGAGUUUAUCCGACUGCGCUGAUGGAGGAUACUCUGAAACAGAACCCAUGCUGAGUGAAAGGAGGCUCUCUGGAGAGGAGGCUGAUGGGGAGGAGGAUGACGAUGAUGGGGAGGAAGAAGGAGCAGAGUCCCCGCUGGCCAUGGCGCUGCAGAUCCUGGUACCUUUCCUACUGGCUGGGUUUGGUACUGUGUCCGCUGGAAUGGUGCUGGAUAUAGUGCAGCACUGGGAGGCGUUCAGGUACAUCACAGAGAUCUUCAUCCUGGUUCCCGCUCUACUCGGCCUGAAGGGCAACCUGGAGAUGACGCUGGCCUCCAGACUGUCCACAGCGGUGAAUGUGGGGAAGAUGGAUUCUCCUAUAGAGAAGUGGAAUCUAAUCAUUGGCAACCUGGCACUGAAGCAGGUUCAGGCCACUGUUGUGGGUUUUCUGGCAGCUGUAGCAGCUGUGGUUCUCGGUUGGAUACCAGAGGGAAAGUUCCAGAUGAGCCAUGCUGUGUUGCUGUGCUCAAGCAGCGUUGCCACGGCCUUUAUUGCUUCCCUGCUGCAGGGUAUCAUCAUGGUGGGGGUGAUUGUGGGGUCGAAGAAGACUGGGAUUAACCCAGACAACGUGGCCACACCCAUUGCAGCAAGUUUUGGCGACCUUAUAACCUUGGCGAUCUUGGCUUGGAUCAGCCAGGGCCUUUACCAGUGCCUAAAUUCCUACCAGUAUGUGUCAUCGCUGGUUUGCGCCUUUUUCAUGUGUCUGACUCCUCUAUGGAUCGUCAUCUCCUCCAAGCAUCCAGCUAGCCGCACCCUGCUGUACUCUGGAUGGAGCGUCAUCACCGCUAGGGUCAUCAGCAGCAUUGGAGGGCUCAUUUUGGACAAAACGGUGUCUGACCCUAAUCUGGCUGGAAUUGUAGUGUACACACCAGUCCAUCAAUGGAUUAAUGGUAUCGGGGGAAACCUGGUGGCUAUUCAGUCCAGCCGGAUCUCCACUCACCUGCACUUACACUGUGCUCCUGGGGAGGUUCCAGAGGAGGCCAAAGGCUGUUAUUACCCCUGUCGUACAUUCUGCGGUACAGGUGCCAAUCACCGCUCUGCUCAGGUGCUCCUGCUUUUGGUGAUCCCGGUCACCUUAUUUUCCUCUACACAUCCACUGAUGAAGAGCGGCCACACCACCCUGACUCCUAUCUUCAUGGCCGUGUACCUGGCUGCUGCUUUGUUGCAGGUGUUUCUGUUGCUGUGUAUAGCCGACUGGAUGGUGCACUCCAUGUGGCGAAGCGGCAAAGACCCUGACAGUUUCUCCAUCCCCUACCUGACGGCUUUGGGCGACCCUACUGGGCACAGCCCUGCUGCUAUGAUCCACUUCCUGUGGCUCAUAGGUGACCAGGACAGCGACGUGGGCGACUGAACCAACACAUUCCGCUCCUUCGUAGUCUGGAUGAAGCUUCACUUAAAACACAAGAUGCUUUCCAUGGAUACUAUUUUCAGCUUCCCUCCCCAACACACAAAGAACUGUAUAGUCUAUAAACUCAGACUGGUUUGGACUGGUUUGAGUGGUGGCUUGCACCAAAGUACUUGCAUAUUGUCCUUGUUGGUUUGAGGGGAGCAAGAAGACAAUCCGUCACCUGGUGUAAUGCUGAUGCUGGUGAGAGGGACUCGGUUAUCGGUUCAGCAUCAGCUGGACAUGCUGAGAAGAUGCCUUCAGCCACUAUAUUUUUGAUUUACCGCCCGCCUUGUGUAUGACUGUUUGACAUCAUUGCGCUGGUGGACCGACACCACUUGUAGCGCGCUAAAACAGCCACGAGAAGCUCAGCCUACGAGGCCUAUUCCAAUCCGAUAACUGAGAAAAUCCAUUUGUGUUCUGAACAGCUUUGAGGAGGUGUUUAUCACCUCCAUAUUUCACAGUGUGACAAACAACCUUCACAGAUCUUAUAAUUGAAAGCACUUUCAAAACUUUUUAUUUUUGUUUUUUUGUAAAAUGUGUACCGUGGCUGCUGGCACAAAUUAGGUCUUUUGAAGCACGAGUCCACAGUUUCGAGUAAUUUUCCACAAGCAAAGUUUGGAUGUAAAACAAAAUAAGAUAGAUGAAAGUCCUCCGAUCUCAUUUCAAAUUUUACAGACAGCUAGCACGGUCACCUUUUAAAAGAAAAAAAAAAAAAAACAACACUGUUUUGUUAGUGGCGUAACACCUGGCCGACUCUGCCAUGAAGAUGCUGAUAAGGUCAGUGAUUUUUCUAGUUCUUCAUGGUGGUGACAUCGAUUCCUGCAGAGAAUCCGAAGCGGUUAAAUGUGUUUUCUUAGUGUCCAACAUUUGAAUUUUUUUAUUUUUUAUUUGUUGCGUCUUAUUUCGAAUUAGCAUUUUGGCCGUAUUACUUUCCAAGUGGUUUGGCGCUGCAUGGGAUCCUUUGGGAUUUAUCUUGUCAGUCAAAAUUUCUUCUGUCAAGAGGAUAAAUCUGGAAAUAUAUAUAUAGUUUGUGUUACACAGUUGGGAGUUUGUAGUAUUUUAAUGCUCUGUCGUAUAUCUGAGUCGAAAGUAAAGCUCAAAACAUAUUUCAACUUGACGUCGGUUAAACACGCGAUUGAGUUGACCUGCUUGGACAGAUCCACCAAGGUGUGCCCACUGGCUUGUAACAAUACGAGAAGGAGCCAAACUCAGUCAGGUGUGAGAGCAGCUGCACACCAGUGCAAAACAGUUCCUAACGCAAAGCAUUAUGGUACUGCUCGUUUGUUGCACUCCAUGUGCACGUUUGUCUUAAAAUAAGGUGUGGUCAAGGGCUUUACUGUCAUGAGGCAGCAGAAGAUUAUGGUGCUGUUGAUCACCAAAAACCUGGUCUGAAGUCCAGCACAAUCACCGCAGACGGACGGGUUCACGGUGCACGUGCAGUCAGCCUGCACACGCAGAACUGUGCACUAGCACGUCAUACGACAACCAGACUGAAUCGAGAACAAAAAUUAAAACAGAAGUAAAACAUGAACUGUUAUAGUGAGGGUUGGUCAAAAAUAUUUUUGGAACGAAGCGGCGGUGAGACAUGCCUGUCAUUUUGCAGACGUUCUGCUUCAGCCCGUUUCCACAAACAACCGGUAUCACCAGAACUAACGAGCAUUACUGUUGUCUUUUCUAUGCAGGGAACGAUAUCAGACGUGUGUUGUUGGUACGAAACGUCAACUUGUCUUCGCUUCCGGUUUUGUGUUUGUGUGUCUGAGCUCAGAAAUGCAGAUUUUCACAUUUCCAUGUUUUCAUGUAAGCUCCUGUUAAAUAUAUGCAAAUAUAAAACAGCACUUUUUUU